CUCGUCCCAUCAUGGCGGGAACCGACACCUCGGCAGCCGUCGACGUCCUUCGGGCAUGGAUUGAUCAAGCACUCCUUUCAUAUGGCUAUUCGAGUGUUACUGGCACAUCACCUUCACAGGGCGAUGGGACGCAUGGCAUGUAUUCCCCAGUCGAAUACACACUUCAUGACAAGGGAGGUGACCUGCUGUCGACUCUGAUUUUGCAAGGGCUUGUUGUCGGCAAGAUGUUCAUGCUAUAUUGCGAGCGCUCCAUCCACAAUGACGCAAAUGCUUCCACAUCCACUUGGCGCGUAGAUUUUCCACUGGCACGAUACGCCCCCGCACUAGCUGGUUGGUUCCCCCGGUAUCAAGAGCUUGUAGCGUGGCGCGUCCAGAAUUCCAUCGUUCGCCAUGGAUCGCAUACCGCCCAAGCUCUCCUGCCUUUGCUUCCAUCUCUGUGCAUUGAUUCAAUCGUAUCGUUCCUGAACGCUGCUUCGCUCUGUGCCAUACGCGCCACGAACAAGAUGUUUUAUCAAUACGCAAUGGCGUCGUCUAUGUGGGAACUGCAAUUACGUCGAGAUUUCCCUCGCACGACCACCGACUCGCCGUCCUUUGCCGCCUACGCCAACGCUUGCAUAACUCGGAAGCGCAAUAGACAUCUGCGCAACCGUGCCAUCGAGAACAUGUUGUGGUUUGACAGAGAAUCGGGUCCAGCAUAUGCCCAAAGGUGGCUCGCUCCGCCGCCGGCCGCGCUUCUCCACAUCCCACGUUUACCGUUUGAAGCUCCGUCUCCAUAACCCAACCGAGCGACCCAUGGCGUUCUCCGUUCGAGCACACUGUUGAGAGCGCCAGACAUGGGCAUCGCACUUGCAAUCAACCAUUUUUUCGUCUGGCGAACUCGCCAUGGCGUUCAAGCAACAACUCAAACCCGAUCGAACCACCAUUGCGUCGGUGCAUCGUGGCCAUGCUCAAGGGCGUAGCUUUUCCCAGUCGCUCGAGCACACACAGAGGACACCUUUCGUUCAAUGAUCUGUCAUGGCGCAUGACUGCGCCACGAUGUGGAAGACGAAGUUUGAGGAUAACUCGUACGGGGCCUUCAUGCGCGGCGGCGGUGCCAUGAGGGACCGUUUUCAACACGACGACGGCGAUUUUCGAGCCAAUCCUUCGAGACGAAAAGAUGAUACAUUAAGAUCGAAACGAUGCCAAGUGAUUACAAUGCGACGUUGUGU